AUGGAAAUGCAUGAAAAAAAACGAAGGUAUUUUAAGAUUUUUGAAAACCAUUUUGUAGAUGCUUCAUACCCAUAUUCUUUGGAAAAUAUACGAAAAAAGAACAAAAUAGAAUUUGAAAGGAAAAAAGCAGCUCUAUUGGCUCAAAUGACUCAAAAAGUAGAAACAUGUUUUUUUCAAAGAAAUAUUGAUCGGGAAGUUGGAAAGCAACGUAUAGGAUAUACAAAACAGUCUAUUUUUCGUUCUUAUGAUACUUUAUGGAUAAAUCGGCUUUUUAUGCAUCAUAUUAAAGAGCCAAAUAUUGAUCGUGGUAGUUUGAUCACUUGUUUAAAUUUUACUCCUGAUAUGAAUCAUAUUUUGUUUGGAACAUCUUAUGGUUUAUUGGGGGCUAUUAGAAUAAAAUCUACAGAAGAUGUUUAUGAGCCUUUUCAGUGGAAUAUUUCUCGAUCUACUUCGGAAUUGACGUCUUUGGAUAUUGAUUCUGGAGGAAAAUUUAUUUGUACAUUUAUGGGUGAUCAGAAAAAUCCCGGUCAUUUUCAAAUAGGUGUUAUAAAAAAUAAUAUAGAAGAAAACAUACUUAAUUUCGAUACUAAUAUAACUAUUGUACCUCGAAGGAAAAAUGCUUUAUGGGCAUCUGCUAUUUCCCCGUCUGGUCAAUUAGCUGCAGUUGGCGGAUCUAAGAUGGUUAUGGUGAUUAAAGGAAUUGAUAAUAAUGUUGAAUGUAUUACACAUUUUUAUAAUCUUAAAAGUGAUGUUUUUGCUGUUGAUUUUUUAAAUUUAAAUGUAUUUUUGACUGGCUGUCGUAAUGGAUGGGUAGAUUUUUUUGAUGUUCGAUGUGAAGAGAGGGCUCUGUUACGUUCUGUUGAAUCAGGAAUUCGACACAAAUCUAGUGUUGCAAGUUUUGGUUUGGUUGGGGAUUAUUAUCUCAUUGUUGCAGGAUUGAAAAGUUCUCUUGAUAUGUAUGAUAUAAGGAUGCUUCGUUCUAGAGAUUCAUUUUCUCAAUCUGUAUUAUCAUUUAAUGGUUAUGUAAAUGAAUAUUCUUUUGGGCUUGGUUUUGAUAUUAGUUUUGAUAAAAGAAUUGUUGCAGCAGCGGGACAAGACCAAGUACGUUUUUGGUCUACAUUAGAUGGAAAACUAUUGCGGAAGAAACCUAUAGAAUUUAACAAGGCGCCACGCGCAUUCAAAUUUUGCCAAAUGUCGACUAGAUGGCUUGAGGAGUUAUGUAUUGCAAAUGAAACACAUUUGGAAUGGUGGUGUUCUAGUUAA